AAUUAAAAUUUGGCUUCCACUUUUGAUUAUUAAGUGACUUUUGCGCAUGGGCGAUUAAAAGUGAUAAGUUGAUAUUAAUAUUUAACGCGUUUUAAACUUCAAGCUGUUUUGAUGUGAGGGUCAAUUCAUACAGCAGUGUGUCCGAGCACUAACAGUCACCAAAGCUGCAGCGUAAAGUUCUUGCACGGUUGUGAAUAUCCAUCCUUGCUAUUCUUUUAUAAAGUCUUGCAGCGAAAAACGUAUUCAAGUGCCAAUUGUCGUCCAUUGUCAAAUCAGAGGAGCCAAUGUAUUUGCCAUUUUGCCAACAAUAGAAAAAGAAAAGAAGGAAUUGGCAACGUGUUUUUUAUUAACAACACAAUCGAAUCGAGAUAGCGAACCUUUGCAUCAAAUUGUUACUGGGGCCACUGGGGACCGGAUGAUGGUUAUUCAAUUUAACGUGCUAUAAAUGUUGAAUUUCUAUUGUGAUUGUGUUGAUCGUGGACACUUAUUGUUUUUCUCGGUCUGAUCUUGGAUGGGAAAUCAGUGGAAAGGCCUUUCAACGUUUGUGGAUUAGAAGUAAGAAGGAAUUAAGAAAUAGCACCAGACUCCAUUGUCCAGAUAUAUAAAAAGAGGAGAUAAUUCGCUUGCGACCGCCACUUACAGAAACGUCGAAACUGAGGGAGAUAUUUUCAGUUAAGAGGUAACGCCAGACGAAGAAAGAUCUUCAAACACGCAGCUCGCUACAAUCAUGUCCUAUAUAGAGGAAUUAGAUCUAGAUGAAGAAGGUUUAACAGAAGAAGAAAUCAAAAAGCGAAAGACAAAAAUUUUCGUUGGUGGGUUAAAAUAUUCGUCAAAAGAUGACGUACUGAAGGAAUACUUCAGCCAAUUUGGUGAAAUCGAAGAGGCAGUUGUAAUUUACGAUCGAGAAAGUGGCUUAUCGAAAGGAUAUGGUUUCGUUACAAUGUCAACUGACGAAGCAGCCGAGCUGGCUAUAAGGGACAAGAGUCCGCGGCUGGAUGGUAGACGGUGUAAUGUUAACCUUGCUUAUAUCGGCCAAAAAAAGAAAAAUAUUGGCUUAACCAGCAAAGGCAAGGCAAUGUCACUUCAAGCGCAGUUAUUUCAAAGUUCCCCGUCUUACCUCCAAAACAGUUAUCAUCAAAAAGUUAUGGCAAACGGCCAGGUUUACUACACUCCGGCGUCACCACAAGUCAGAUACCCAGUUUACGGUCAUCAAAUAGGACUGCCCUAUCUAAAUCAUUGUCAGCACACGUAUUACACUGUGCCAGGCUCAUCCCCGACCUUCGAUCAGCGAGACGGGUCUUAUAUCCAACCAUACGUUUUGCAGCAGUUCGUCGUUGCUGGUAGCAAUACCAAUGGGUUCGCCACCCCAAAUGGAAGUCCUGCAAGCAACAACAACACAAGCAGCGUCCCUAAUUACAAUCAAGUGGCAUUUAUUGGCCAGUAUCCUGUGCUUGUGGAAACUUCAGGAAAUCCGUUGGGGCAAGUUGCAACAACAGCAACAACGUAUGCGACAUCUCCUGGUCCGUCGUGCACUGCGAAUGGGUCCCCACAAGUGUUUCAUUUUCAUCAGCAGGAAAUUGCAAACCAAUAAUUGCUAAACGCUAAAAGCUAGAGGCGAGUAAAUGAUCACAUUUCUUAACCAAUAUUUGGUAUCUGGAAGGGAUUCCGAUCUGCUAGUCAGAUGAGCGACAAUUUGGUAACUUAGGACAAUUAAAAUUACCUGAUAUAGGUCAAUCGUAAUAAUUUACUUUUAUAAACUAAGGAACUUUAUAUUUAUUAGGUAGUCUGUUAAUUCCUAAACAAGGGAUCACUUUUUUACCGAUAACCGAACAAAUCUUAUAUAAGAGGGCUCGUGUAAUAAUGUCGUUAACAGCAUCUUCUUCGUAAUUACAAAUGAUGUAGCUUUUUAUUAAUCUUUAAAGUUGAUACGAAUAUUUAACAAAAAUCGCAUAAUUUUUAUAGCUAGCAGUUGCAUUGAAAAUUGGCCUUGUAAUUUCACCUGCAGAACGCUUUACCAACAAUGUGGCAUGCAUUUUAUGCAGCAAGGCUCGAGAGCGUCUGAAAGAGCAUCGUUUCAAUGCUAAAAGGUUUUUUUCUUUGCUAGCCUAAUCUUUUUUCAAUUUUCAAUGCAAGAUAGGUUUCUAUAAUUUUACUCUGAUUUGCUUCUUAUUUUAAAAGCCCUCUUGUUCAGUAUUCACGUAAUUAAAAUUAAGAUCAGGUAGCGCAACUAGACUUUGUUAUAAAUAAUAACAAUUAGAGACGUUUUUAGAUGCUUCGUUAGAUUGCUUCUGCUAUUCCACUGUUCACGGUACUCAGCUUUAAAUAUACUCUGCCUACAAAGUACUAAGGAUAUUAUCUAAGUAAAAAUUCAAGAAUAAGUAAUUUGAAGACAGAUAAAUCUGAAGAGCAAGUUUUCCGCAUUUGCAACAACUAGCAUGCGUUUUGAACUUUUGGACUUUCUUUGCUUUUUAAUCUAAUUUCUGUAACUAUAACCAACAGAUUUAGAUGAAGGUUUUUUAUAGAAAAACAUCUCUUAUAAGGUAGGAAUAUAAAGAUUUUAAUACCAAGCAAGAGGAUCUCUGUUUCAAUACGAAUAUUAUAUUUUCAUUGUUGUUUCCAGAAUUAGCUGCGGCUGGCUUAUUUAGCAAACCAUCCAGUCAACCGUUUUGUUUAACAAUUUGAGAAGGUACCUACUUGUCCCAUUUUCGAUUUCGUUAAAGGUGGAAAGACUAAGAAAAAUGUUCUUGAUAUUAGGCUUAGCCUUGAGGCUGACCAAUUACCGGCCCAAUUUCUCCUAAAUUGAAGACAUUACACGGUACUUGCAUACAAGGAUUCGAAUAAACUUUAGAAUCAAACCUUCAUUGCUUUUGCAGUAUUCAGUUCAGAAAACCGUACAUUGGGAAGCACAUUAGUUUAAUAGUUGCAUGUAAAUACAACAAUUAAAUAAAUAUUGUUAGAUUCUUAAAA